AUGAUCACCACCACCACCGCCCUGCACCAGUGGCUCAUGGCCUUCGUCCUAGCCUGGACACUCGUCGUUCUAUCCGCAGCAGCAGCAGAACCGCCGCCGCCGCCAGGUUGCGCCGACGAGCUCGUGAGGUUCUCGCCGUGCCUUCCGUACGUGUCGUCUCCGCCCAACAACCUGUCCGACUCGGCCCCACCCAAGUGCUGCGACGCAUUGUCGUCGUCGUUUGAGUCCGGCGAGGCCUUGUGCCUCUGCUACUUGAUCCAGGACCCUCCGAUGCUUGGGUUUCCGGUGAACGAGACUCGCGUUCUGUCUCUGUCUUCUACUUGCCCUCUCAGCAACAAUGGCACAAGCACAAAGAGCGCUGAUAAUUCUUUGGAGUCGCUCUGCUCAGGGUCGCCUGAACUCCCUCCUCUCCGCAGCUCAACGACUUCAGGGAUUUCAUGUCCUUCUCCUUCUCCUUCUGGAGCUGACAAUGCUUCAUCUCCUUUGAUGAGCUUACCAUCAGAAUCAACAAACAGUUCAAGCUUGCUGCCGGGAAAGAGAUCGCCGACGACAACUCCACCAAGCUCAGCAGUAGAACCAGCUGGGGUGUCUACAGCAAUGAAGCAAAUUUGCAGAAGCAAUACUUGGUUUCUACCUGCCGUACUGAUUUUUCUUGUUCCCAUCUCCACUCACCUAUAG